GUUUUGCACAUCGCUCAUCCCAAGCUGCCUGCGUUUAGCGUGGAGAGCGAUGAACCCUUGCAGUGGCGCCAACCGCCAAGUCGACCAUCGAUUCAUCCCAAACUUCGGUGUGACAUGUUCUGAUGCCUAUCGAUUAUGCUAGUGACAAGACACGGAGCGUGCUAGCCUUCAUCUUGACAUAGGCGUCGAGCCAAACUUUGUAGCGUCCGCAUACCCUUGCCUCUGUAUGUGCAUUCAUUUUGUGCUAUCUUUCUGACUCGUCACAUAGCCAGCAUACUGCUAAGCAUGUCUCUGAACUUGCCACCUGCUCGGCGGAGAGCACAACGUGUUUCUUGAUUGGCGAUUAACAAACGGCAUACACGGAUGAGACCUGAAGGCUUCUGGCGUGGUAGCCGGCGUAAAGCGAGCCUCGCGACGCAAGUUCUCUUUCUCGUGACCUUCCUGGCGAGCCAGCACUUCGCCUAUGUCGCCGCGCAACAGGAGCAGGCAACAGCGAUUCUGGACGCAAUCUACGCAGAAAAUGAAACCUCUGGCGGGACGGUCGGCUUGAAAGACGGGCCCGGUGCAGGGUCAGCGGGGCGCGGCCUGCUCUUGACAGGACUGGGCCCACCACCUCCCUCGUCAACGUCAGGCCGGCCCCCACCGCCCCAGCCCGCUGCGGCACACACAGUCACGUGCAGCGUCACAUACGUGGGCCCUGCAGAGCGGUCGGGGCCUCCGGUGCGUGUGGCGGUCGCUUGUCGGGCGCAGCUCGACACGGCGCCACCGGCGGCUGGCGGCAGCGGGGCGGACGCUGCGGGCGACGGCGGCGCCGGCGCCGGUGGCGCAGCAGCGGCCUCGCCACAGGCACAUGGUGGAACGGCAGCAUCGUCCCCUAGCCAGCUGCCGCCUCCACCGCCGCCAGCUGCUGCCCAACCGCCUCAUCACAUCAUGACCGUCUACCUAGGCGCGAGGGUGCGGGCGUUGCUCAGCAACAGCAAUAGCAGCAGUAAAGCCGGAGCCGGCGGCGCUGCGGCGUCGUUUCUCUCUGGUGUCAACUUAGAGCGGCUGACCCGGCAAGGUGGCGGCGGCAGCAGCGACGGCCUCCCCUCCCUGGCGUCUUUGCCAACUCUGGCACAGCUCGGCAUCCGACGCCGCCGCAGCAGCAGGAGGGCCCGAUCUCUACUCGUGGCGGAGGACGCUUCGCCGCCUGCCGCUGAUGCUACUGCCGGAGCCGCACCGCCGCCGGCAGAUGACGGCGCGGCGCCAAUGCCACCACCAACAGCGCCAGCGCCAGCGCCCACGCCCGCAGCCGAUGUGCCGCGUGUGCCGCACGCAACCCCCAUGGGAAACGGAGGCAGCGGCAGCAGCAGUCCAGCAGGACUCACACCGCCUGCUCCCGCCGUCGUCGGCAGCUCGUCGCGGUCAGCAGCAGGCAGCGGCACAGGAAGCGACAGCGGCGAUGUUGGCGGAGGCGGAGGCGGUGCGGUGGCAGCAGCAGGGGACGGCAUCGCUGGCGGCGGCAGACAGCUGUCUCCGGAGCCGCCGCCGCCGCCGUCGCCGCCGGAGCCGUCGCUUGCAACGCCUGAGAGCCCGUGGUGGUGGCAAGUGCGGAACGGCGGCGGUUUGCCACCCGACGCAGCAGACGGAGCGGCAGCGCCUGCACCGAGUAGCAGCGGGGGCGGCGCAGCUGGUGGGGGCGGCAGCAGCACUGGAGGGCUGGCGCCGGACGACGAUCCGUACGCGGUGUGGUCGGUGGUGCUGGCCUGCGGCCCCGGCGUGUCACGCCUGCUCCUGCCGGACCUUUGGCUGAAGGGGGUGCAGGCGGAGUUUGCGCUGCCUGCCGGCAGUAGCGGCGGCGGCGGCGGCGGCGGCAGUAGCCGCAGGCCGGUGCGGCAAACGCACGCGCCGCUGCUGCGGGUGCACUGCCCGGGCGCGCGAGUGGAGCUGCUGCGGCCGCAAGUGGCCAGUUGCAACGUGACUGGCGCCGGCAGCGGCGGCCAGCCCGCCCUGGAGUCCGCCCUGCACGUCAGCGCCGCCGCCCACGUGGUCUUGUACGGCGCCCGUGUGACCGACAACACGGUCUGCAGCCGCAGCGCGGUGGCGGUGUCUGGUCUGUCUGGUGCGUCUGGUGGUCUGGUGGUGGGCGGCGGCGGCGAGUGGCGGCGCAACCGCGCUACGGCGCAGGGCAAGGCCGUGCCGCUGCCGGACUCGAGCGGCGCAGGCUUGUACGUUGCCCUCGGACCCGGAGCCUACCUGGACAUCUCAGACACGCUGUUUGAGGAAAACGCGACCGACCUGCGGUUGCUCGACAACGGCGGCGGCGGCGCGCUCUUCGUUGCGGCCGUGGCGGCGCUGCCGCCGGCGGCGGCAGCGGCUAUCACAGCGGCGGCUGCCACAGCAGAUCCUCAGCAGCAGCACUGGCGGGCGGCAGUAGCAGAGGUGCUACUGCCGCCCCCGACGGCCGCGUUUCGGAACGUCACGUGGCGGGGGAACCGGGCGUAUGCGGGCGGGGGCGCGCUGCUGCAGGGGAAUCUGAGCGCCGUAAGCUUUGACCGCUGUGUUUUUGAAUCCAACUUUGGCAUCAAUCUUGGAUCCGCUGUUGCGCUUCGCCAUUGGCUUCCGAAAGGCACCGCCUUGGCCAACUUCUUUUGGAUCCAGGGAUCUGUGAAUCUAACCAACACGGAUUUCAGAUCCAACUGGCUGGAUCAGUCUGCGACGCAGAGCGGCGCCCUGAAUGUCGUGGGCUUCGCCCGUCUGCACGUGUCAGACUGUGAGUGGUUCAACAACACGCAGCGCUCCAAAGCUCCCAUUACAACCGUCUUCGUAAAUCAGACGCAGCUGCAGCGCGUUCGCUUUGUGAGGAACACCGCGGUGGCCGACUACGGAGGGGGCUUGUAUGCGGACAUGGCGAACGAGAUCGACGCUGAGGACAUUUACGCGGUCGACAAUGUGUCGGGCCGCGCCGGCGGCGUCAUAUCGCUUGCAACCGCACGGUUCGAACAUUCGCCAGUGUUCCGCUGCCGCCGCUGCGUGUUUGAGAACAAUGUGGUGUACGGCAGCUCGGGCGGUGGCGCCAUAUUCUCGGAUGAGUUCCGCCAGCUCGAAUUGCAGGACUGCGUUUUCCGGAACAACACCAGCUCUGUGGGCGGCGGUGCGAUCGCCGUCUUCAUGAGCUGCGGGUUCUCGAAAGGCCGCGGCGACACGUGGCUGCGGUUGGUCAACGCGACCUUUGAGGAGAACCGGUCGCUUCCAACCGCCGAGGCGAAUCCGUACAUGGACAGCAUGGGCCAGGGAGGAGCUGUGUAUGCGAGUUGUGUGGACGUGGUGGAGGUGGUGGGCAGCCGCUUCACGCGCAACAGCGCGAUAUGGGAGGGCGGCGGCGUGUACGUCAAGGACGCACUCCGCGUGUCCAUCGCGGGAUCCGUCUUCGAGGGAAACCGUGUCGGGCCCGCCGGCGGCGUGGGCGGCGGCGCGCUCACCGCCACCAAGUGCGAGGAAACGCGGGUCGUUGACACAACGUUUGAGGGGAACGCGGUGCUCGCUCUUGUGGCGAAUGGCGGCGGCGGCGGCGGCGCCGUGAGCAUCUACGGCCGCUCGACGCCCCGCAUGGCGGCAUCGUUCGUACGGGUCACGUGGCGCAACAGCUCAGUGUACGGCAGUGCGCCGUCGCCGUCACUGCCGCCGCCAUUUCGGACAGCGCAAGGGAGUGGCGGCGGCGGCGGCAGCAGCAGUGGCGGCGGCGCGGUGAACGUCACCACGCUGGCGUUGCUGACGCUGGAGGACUGCGUGUUUGAGGGCAGCCGGGCGGCGAUGGGGCAUGGAGGCGCGUUGAUGGUGUCGCGGGUGCACACCGUGGUGCUCAACCGAGUGCAGCUCAGCAACAGCUCUGCCGGCUUUGGCAACAACCUCACAGUCCUUGCCAUCAACAGCAGUAGCAACAGCAGUAGCAGCAGCAACAGCAACAGCACAGGCGGCUCUGGUGGCGCGAUCGCCCUGACAUCAGUGACGGCGGCGCGGCUACACAACGUAACCGCCCGCGCCGCCGCCGCCACCCUGAACGGCGGCUUCCUCGCCUCGUUCAAUGUGUCAGUGCUCGUCCUGACCAAAGCAACCGUAACAGCAACCGCCGCCGUAAGCGGCGGCGGCGGCGCGCUAUCGCAUUCCGGCUCGCCCGGAGGUACAGCGGUUUUCUGGGGCGUGCGCCUUCCGGGUCCGCACGCCUCUCUGGCGGGCGGCGGCGCCGCCGCCAGCAUUUCCGAAACCGAGUCAGUUUUUCUCAUCGGUUCGCGGAUCGCGGCGGCGCAGGCCUGGUCUUCGGGUGGCGGGCUGCGGUUGGCGGGCGUUGGCCGAGCGUACGUCGCAGCGGUUGACGUGGUUGGUGCGAGUACGGCUGCUGGAGGCGGCGGUUGUGUGGCGGCGGAGGCGGUUGGGGUGUUGCAGCUCCGUCAGAGUGCGCUCCUGGGCUGCUCCGCACCUGCGGAGCAGCUGCCGCCGCUUGCUGCCGUAAAUGCUGUGACCAAUUCGACGUUUUCACUAGCCGCCGCCGCUUCACUGGCGUCGGCACUGGCCCUUUCAACCGCAGCCUCAGCGGCCGUGGCGGCAGCCGCCGCCGCCGCCGCGGUCGCCGCCGGCGCCACUGCCGCCGCCGCUGGCGCGGGCGGCGGAUUGUUUGCCUCAAGCGUGGCAGUCCUGCAUCUGCAGGGCUGUGUGAUUGCUGGCAAUGCGGCGGCGGCGGCAGGCGGCGGCGCGCAUUUGGAAGGGGUGCGGAAGCAGCUGUUGCACAGCAACGCCUGGGGCAGAGGGCCCGCCGCCGCCGGAGGCGGCGGUAGCAGCAGCGGUAGCAGUAGCAGCGGUAGCAGCGGCAGUAGCAGCGGUAGCAGCGGCAGUAGCAGCAGCGGCAGUAGCAGCAACACUGCGGGCACGACCGGCGGGGCGCUGCAUGUGCUGCUACAGCCGGGCUACGCCAGCCUCACCGACGCGGCGGCGGCGCGAGAGGCACAGCUGCUUGCAGCCAUGGAUGGCAUCCCAGCGGCGGCGCUGGGGCUCAAGGGCGGUGAUGGCGGCGGCACCGCAAGUGGUGAUUCGGGCGUCCUUUGGUCGGAGGCAGCAGCUGCAGCCGCGGGGCCGCUGGUUGCGUCCUGGCUUCCGGUGACAGUCGUUCCCGACCCCGCGUUUUGGGUGGGCCUGGAGGCGCCUGCACAGCAGUCGGCGGGCGUCACGCCGGCACGGCUGCGGCAGCGACGGCUGCGCCGCCGGCUGCACCAGGUGGGGCGAGCGCUGGCGCCACUGCUGCACCCGGGCGGUGACGGCGACGGCGACGACAACGGUGAUGGCGACGGCGCGGGGCUGACACCACCCGUGUUUGCGAGGAGCGCACGGCAGCUGACGGCGGCAGCAGCAGCAAAACGGCCGCCGCCGCCAGCUGCCGACGCGCCGCCUGAUUUCCCAGGGCCGCCAGACACGCCGCCGACGGCUCCCAAGCCGCCGCCUCGUCUCCCGCCGCGACCGCCCCGGCCCCCCUCCCCAUCACCGCCGCCGCCGCCGCCGCCGCGACCGCCGCCGCCGCGCCCGCUGCCACCUAGCAUACUGCGCUCGCAGCCGCCGCCCGCCGUGGCGGCGGCGGGAGCUGCGUCGCCAACCAGCGGCGGCAGUAGCCCUGCCUCCUCCGGAGGAGGGAGUGGCGGCGGCAGUAGCAGCAGCGGGUCCGGCGGCGACGCUCUGGAUGUGCAGAGUGACAUCCCGUUUUUGGACAUUGAUGGAGACGAGUUUGUGGGGAAUCAGGGCGCGGCGGGCGGUGGUGCUGUUCACGUGGUGGUGACGGCGGCGGCGGCGCGUGUGCGCAUCACGCACAGCACCUUCACAGGCAACACCGCCGGACAGCCCGACCCGCCCUCCGCUGAUAGGUUUUCCAGCGACUCGGGCGGCGCGCUAUGGCUGCAGUGCGGCCUGCGGGCGGAGGAGGGCCGCUGCCGCCACGCCGUUCUGACCGCCUGCCGCCUGACCGCCAACGCCGCCACCAGCACCGGCGGCGCGCUGGCCUCCAGCCGCCAGCCGCUGGUGCUGAGCGGCUGCCGCUUUGAGGGCAACACUGCUGUCAGGUCCGGCGGCGCCGUGGCGCUAGUGGAUGACGUGGUGCUGGCGGCGGCGGCGCCCCUGCUGGACCCCACAGACGGCCGGGUGGCGCUGCCGCCGCCGCCGCCGCCUCAGCCUGCGGCGCCGGUCGUUAGCGUCGGCACUAACGGCACCAACGGCUCCAACGGUGACGGCGGCAGUGGUGGCGCUCCUCGGCGCCGCAGGGUCGCUGUGGAGCUGGCGGCGGCAGCGGCGACAGCUGGGAGCAGCAGUGGCGGGAGUGGCGGCUUGGGCCCGCCCUGGUAUGCCAUGCUUCUGCCCUAUGGUGGCGGCGGCGGUGGCGGAGUCACAGGCGCCAACAGCAGCAACAACAGCAGCAGCGCAGAAGGGGACCUGCCCGCCGAUGCCGUGGCGGUGACGCCCCAGCAGCUCUCGGCGGCGGCGGCAGCGGCCUCUUCCUCCACCACUUCCCCCACCACCACCACUACCGGCACGGCUACGGAUGCAGCAGCCCUCGCCGCCACAGCCGCCGCGCCGCUGUUCUCCUUGCUCGCAGCCAACUGCGUCUUCACCUCCAACAAAGGGGAGGGAGGGGACGGCGCCGCCAUCUACACCCUCGCCGCCGGCGCCGCCGCCCUCACAAACUGCUCCUUCACCUCUAACACAGCCGGCGGCGCCGGCGGCGCCGUUGCCGCCGAUUACUCUCGCAUCCGUGGCGUGCCUGGCGGCGGCGAGCUCAAUCUCGCUAUAAGUAGCGGCGGUGGUGGCGGCGGCGCCGCCGCCGCCUUUCGGGGAAACGCCGCCACCGCCGGCGGCGGCGCGUUGCGGCUGCUCGGCGGCAGCGGUUUGGCCGUGCUGGCGGGCGUCGUACUGGAGGACAACUCGGUGCUGGAUGGUGAUGGCGGUGCCGUACUUUUGGAGGGCGGCGGCGGCGGCGCGGCGGCGGGCGGGCGCGGGGCGCUGGUUUUGGUGGGGUGCCGGGUGGCGGGCGGGCGCGUGUUGGACGGCAACGGCGGUGGCGUGGCGGCCAUGUCAGCCCUAGGCGCGCAGCGGCUGCUGCUUGUGAACACGAGUGUGGAGGGCUGCUCGGCGCGGCGGCGCUUCAAGGGCGGCGGCGGCGGUGGCGUGUUUGUGAAGCAGCGCGUCAUCCUGGACGUGCGCGGGGGCAGAUUCCAGGGCUGCCAGGCUGAUGUGUCGGGUGGGGCGCUGCUGGCAGACCGAUGCGACCGACUGGCGCUGGCCGGCGGCGCGGUGCUGAGCGGCUGCGGCGCCGGCGCCACCGGCGGCGGCAUGCACGUGAGCGGCUGUGGUGGCGUGGCGCUGGCGGCGGUGGAGGUGGCGCGGUGCGGCGCGGGCUGGAGCGGCGGCGGCGCACACAUCGUGGCGGCGCAGGCUGGAACCGGCACAGGCUUCGGUUCAGGCACCAACAGCAGUAGCAGCGACAGUGGCAGCAGCAUGGUCGUCAGCAUGUCAGGCUGUAGCUUCUCCCGCAACACGGUCAAUAGCAUGCAGGCGGGCCUCAUCAGCAGCGCUGGUGGCGGCAGUAGCAGUGGCGGCGGUGGCGGUAGUAGCAACGCGGCCCUGGCGGCGGCGUCGGCCAACGGCGACGGCAGUAGCAGCGUGCGGGGCGGCGCGGGCGUGUAUCUCGCAGGGCCGCUUCGUGCCUACCUGCGCGGCUGUAGCUUCUUGGGUAACGCCGCCGCAGAUCUGGAUCCAGUUGCAAUCAACAUCACCUCGGCUACUGCCAGUGGCAGCGCCGCUGGCGCAGCUUGUGGCGGCAGUAGCAGCAGCAGCAACAACAGCGCGGGCGCAGCUGCCGGCAGUAGCAGUGGCAGUGCUGGCGGUGGGGGGAGAGCCUCGGCAGCAGGGGAGAUGAUGUACGGCGGCGGUUUGUUGGUUGACACGGGCGUGCAGGCGUUGGCGCUGUACGACACGGUGUUGGAUCGUAACUGUGCCGUACACGGCGGCGGCUCGCUGGCGGCUCGCCCGCCGCUGCCGCUGCUACUGCUGCGAUCGGUGAACGUCAGCGGCUCGGCUGCUACUGCCGGCCCCGGCGGCGGCGUGCUGGCGGAUGGCUGUGCGGUGGUGGCGGCGGACCGGCUGCUGCUGCAGGGCAACGUCGGGACAACGGGCGGCGGCGCGUACAUAUCCAGCAGUGCCGCUGCAGCUGCCCCUUCCCCUGCUGCUGCUACAGCCGCCGCCGGCAGUACCAGCACCGGCACCGGCACCGGCACCGGCACCGGCACCAGCACCAGCGCCUCCUUGCCGCCGCCUACCCUGGCGCUCAUCACCCGCUCCCGCUUCCUCAGCAACCGGGCGGUGGCACCAGCCUCAUCACCGUCGUCAACGUCUGGGGCAGCUGCCGGCAGUAGCAGCAGCAGCGGCAGUAGCAGCAGUGGCGACGGGCUGAAUGAGGGGUUCGGUGGUGGCCUGGUCCUGAGCGGGGCUGUAGCAGCAGCUGUGCUCGGCAGUAGCUUUGAAGCGAACACGGCAUCGCUGCUGGGCGGCGCUCUAGCCAGCAACCAGAGCUGUAGCAGCCCACUCGGCGGCGGCGGCGGCAGUAGCAGUGACACUUCCACCGCUAGCACCCAGGCGCUGCCGGCGAGUGACGUGUCCGCUGCCUGGGCAGCGGCGAUGGCCGCGACGGCGGGGGCUGCCGGGGACGCCGCGCGUUCCGCGGUUUCGGCGGCGCCGCUGCUGCUGCCGGCUGCCUUGAAUGAGACCUGGGCCGCUCUAGUGGCGGCGGCGGCGCGGCAGUGCUGGGUGCUGACACUCGCGGACUCGUACCUGCAGUUCCACACAGCUGGCGGGCAGCAGCAGCUGCUGCUGCCGUACCCGCGUCCUCCUCCUGUGGCUGGCGUAGCCUCGCCGUUGGGACCCGGCUAUAGCCACCGCCGACGGCUGCAGCAGGCGCAGCCGCCGCCGCAGCCGCAGGCGCCUGCUCCGUCUACCCAGCAGCAGCAGCAGCAGCAGCAGCAGAAGCAGCAGCAGCAGCAGCAGCAGUCGCAGCAGUCGCAGCAGUCACAGCAGUCGCAGGACGGCGCCAGCAUGUGGAUGGCCUACCUGGAUGUGGCUGCAGUUGCGUGUGGUGGCGAUGGCAGUAGCACUGCCGCUGACGCUGCUACAGCCAACGCCACCGCAGGCGGCAGUAGCAGCAGCCCUCUGCCGCUUGGCGCUGGGUCCGCAGCAGCAGGAGCAGGCGCGGAUGGUGGCCUGAACCCGAGCGGAACGGACCGCGGUGCGGCUGCGCUUGUUCGCAGCGUCUUGGAGCGUCGGCAGCAGCGGCAAGACCCACAGACAGACGGCCCUGCUGCUGAUGAUGAUGGUAUUGCGGAUGGCAGCAGUGGCAGUAGCAGUGGCAAUGGCAGUAGCAGCAGCGGCAGCAGCAGCAGCCAGGCGGCUCUGUUGUCGCAGGGCGUGGCGGCAUGUGAGCAGGCGUUUGGGGUGCCGCAGCUUGCGGCGGAGGGCGAGGGCGCGGGCGGCGCGGGCGGCCUGCUGGCGCUAGCCCCCAGCCAGCUACGGCUGCGGGCCCUGAGGUGGCUGGUGACCUCCAGCGCCGCCGCCACCAUUCCUGCUGCUACAGCCGCUGCUGCAGGCAACGCAACUACUGCCACUACAGCCGUUACCGAGGUCGCAGUGGACUCUGCCGGCGCUGCGCUCGGCGCCGCCGGCAGUAGCAUCGGCGCCAGCAGCAGUGCCGCCGGCGGCAAUGCUACUGCUGCCGCGGUCCUAACGGAAGUGCAGCUCGCGCAACGGCUGGAGGCGGCGCUUCGCGGCGGCGCCGCCACCGCGCCGGACGGCGGCGCGUGGCUACAGCCGGCGGCGCUGAUGGAGGGGGCCGGCUACAGCCGCAGCUACAGCCGAGUGACGGCGGCUGUAGCGGCCCGGGCUGUAGCGGUGGUGGAGCUGCCUGUGGAUGUGGGGCUGUUCAUUGCGGUGGAGCUGCUGGACCACACAGGCACGCCCGUUACAGAGCACCCAGAGGUCCGGCUGCGUCUCAGCCUGGCGCCGGUGGCCUUCCCACAGGAGGGUGCUACAGCCGCAGCCGCCGACAACAGCAGUAGCAGUAGCAGUAGCGCCCUGGCAGACGCCACUGCUACAGCUGCAGCCGGCUUGUUGGGCUCGGUGGCUGCCGAAUGCGGCCGGGGGCUGGCGGUGUGGUCGGGUCUGCGGGUACGUGGCGUGCCGGGUCGCUACCUGCUGACAGUGGAGGUGGCGACAGCGGGGCCGGGAAGUCACACGAUCCCGCCCCUGCCGCUGCCGGUGCUGGUGCUGCCAUGCGCCCCCGGCGAGGUGCCCCGCGGCGGCGGCACCAGCUGCCAGCGCUGCGACCCACGCCUGUUCAGCCUCUGGCCCGACCCCCGCACCGACUGGCUGCUGACAGGGCUGAGGGCAGCAGCAGCGGCGGCUGCGGCGGCUGUAGCAGCCACCGGCAACGGCAAUAGCAGCAGCAGCAGCGGCGGUGGCGGUGGCAGCAGCGCCGGUGGCAGUAGCAGUGGCAGCGGCAGCGAGGCGCUGGGUCUGGGUCUGGGGCCGCGGCCGGGGGUGGAGGGGGUGUUGUGCGACACGUGCCCGCCGCACGCGCUGUGCCCGGGCGGGGCGGUGGUGGUUCCGGAGCCGGGCUACUGGCACUCCAGUCCCGAGUCGACUGCCAUGCACUGGUGCCCCAAUCCGGAGGCCUGUCGCGGGGGUCAGGUGGAGGAGGCGGCGCAGCAGCAGCAGGCGGCGCUGCUUGCCUGCCAGUUAGCCUGGUACGCAGACCGCCCCGCCGGCGCCACCGCCCGAGCUCGCCUACAGGCGUGGAGGCAGAGGCGGGCGGCGGCCGCGGCUGCUACUGCCGCCGCAGCGGCCCGCGCCAGCAACAGCAGUAGCAGUAGCAAUGGCAGUAGCAGCGACAGCAGCAGUAGCAAUGGCAGUAGCAGCAGUGGAGUGGUGGUGGUGUCAGACGACCAGGAGUAUUGGGGAGACCUGUGUCUACUUUGGGGCGCCGAAGAGGACGGCGGCAGUAGCACCGGCGGCAGUAGCAGUGGCAGCGGCAGCGGCAGUAGCAGCGGCAGUAGCAGCGGUCCCCUCAGUUACAUGGAGUUGCAGUGUACGGAGGGGUACACGGGCAACCUGUGCGCGGCGUGUGUGCCGGGCUGGUACGGCAGCAUCAGCGACCUGUCCUGCAGCCCCUGCCACGGCGUGGCCCAGUCCGCGGCGCUGCUGCUGCUGGGCUUCUGGGCCAACGUGGUAUUGGUGCUGUACACGGCGUGGACGGCGUUCAGGGAGGACUACGGCGUCGUGGAGCUGGGGGCCAGCGACCUCCUCAAGGUGUUGAUCGUGCACUGCCAGUUCUUCCUGAUCGUCACGCGCAUCUCCAUCCCCUGGCCGCCCUCCAUCCAGCGCCUGCAGGGCGCCCUGGGCGCCAUCACAGGUACGGAUCUGGAUCUGGCGCACUCGCCCGUGUGUCUGGUGCCGGGGGCGGACCCGCAGACACAGGCAGACAUACAGGUUGCUUCUGGCCUGCUGAGCCCGCUACUGGUCAUUCUGACGAGUCUGGCGCUGUGGGGGCUGAGGUGGCUGCUGGCACGACACUGCGGCCCCGCGACGGCAGUAGCAGGUGGCGGCGGCGGCUGUGGCGGCAGAGGCGGCGGUGGGCAGCCCUCACUGCUACAGCGGCUGGGGCUCUGCCCGCUGUCGCCUCCGGAUCCCGCGGACGAUGACAGCGGCAGUAGCGGCAGUAGCGGCAGUAGCGGCAGUAGCGGCAGUGCUGUUGAUGACUCCGAGUCAGAGUCCGAGGGCGGCUGCGCCGCCGUCUCCAGCCCGCCAGGCUCGCCGCCUGCUGCUGCUGCUUCUGGCCUCCCGCUGAGCGGUGGUGCUGGCAGCGGUGCAGACGCGGGUGCGGUUAUUAAGAAACUCAGUGCUGGUGGUGGCAUUGGAAACGGGGCAGGAGGGCCACCAGUUGUCAGCGCGGCGGCGAGCGGCUUUGGCAAUGCGGCUCCGCCGCGGCGGCUGCAGCUCCCCGGCAGUAGUCCUGGUGAUAUGGGCCCCUUGGUCGCACCCAGUCCCAAGGCCAUGACGCCCACAGCCUCAGCCUCAGCGGCGGCGGCGGCGGAGCCCAACUCAGUCGCCAGUCCACACAGCCGCCAGCAGCGGGGGAGCCCGCGCUCGGCUGCAGCCGCCGCCGCCGCCGCUGCAGCGGCUCUGGCCAGCCCUCACAAGCUCCUGACCGCUGUGCUGCGGCGGCCGCAGCAGCAGCUGCAACCCAAGGGGCAUGCCACGGCUAAGGAUGCUGCUGCUGCCCCUGUUGCUGGUGCUACUGCCCCCGCUGGCAAAGGGAAGGGUGCUCCUGGCUUCGGCAGCAGUGCCAUCACGGCGGUUGCUACAGCCGCCGAAGCCUCUGCAGCAGGGCCACGGAUCGCAAUGCCUGUGGUGAGUGGAAGCGACAGCUGUAGCAGCAGCAGCGGCGGCGUCGGCCCGGGCAGCGGCGGCGGCACUGCUGCUACUGCCGGUUCCAACAUGCUGCAACCACCGCAGCUACAGCCUCUGCCUGAGGCGGCGGCCCGGGCGGUGCUGCUACAGCCUGGGGCCGGCGGCAGUGGUGACGCUGACAGCUACCCAGCCUCACCGGUCGCCCAUCGUGCUACUGCCACUGCCCAUGCUACUGCUGCAGCUACUGCCACUGCCACUGCCGCCAGGGCAGCUACUGCUGCUCCAAAAAUGCCGCCGUGGACCCGAUCAGCGGCUGUAGCGCCAAUGACUGAUGGCACGGGUGCCACGGCGGGAGCAGCGGGAGCAUCCGCGGCGGCAGUAGCAUCAGCGGCCGCGGCAGUAGCAGCGGGGCUGCCACGGGGCUGGGCCGCCGCAUCGGGAUCGCUCCACAUCAACCCUGUGGCAGUAGCAGACUCCCCUGCUGCUCAGGACGCGGACUCCAGGCACAGCAGUGUGGAGGGGCUGGAGGGGCGCCCUGCUACUGCCGACAGCAGGGCAGUGGCCGUGGCCAUGUCCGCCACUACUGCUACAGCCGACAGGGAGUUCCCCAACCCGGCGUAUGAGCCUGCUGCUGCCAUUGCGACCGGCGCAAACACAGCAGGCCCGGUGGCGGAGGCAGCAGGGGAUGAGGGUGACGGCGCGGACCCGGCAGCAGCAGCAGCAGCAGCAGCAGCAGCACCGCGCACAAAUGCAAAUGCCGGCGGCGCUGCUCCUGACAUUGCUACUGCCAACGCCGCUGCUACUGCUACUGGUUCUGGUGGUGAUGUGGAGGCGGUUGGGGGGGCUCGGCAUGUGCCCCAGGCGGUUGGGAUUGUGGCGGGAGCGCACGACAAUGAGCAGCAGCAGGCGUCGCGCCCCUCACGAGCCCGCACAUCAGCCCAGAAGCAGCAGCAGCUGCUACUGGAACAGCUACAGCCCUACCUGCAGCAGCAGCAGCAACAACAACAGCAAAAGCAGCAACAUCAGAAGCAGAAGAGCAAGCAGCGCAGCCGCAGCCGCAGCCGAGGCCGCCGCGAGCACCAUCAUUCAUCCGCCGCAGGCAGCGGCGACGCCGCUGGUGCGCAUGAAGAGCCGCACAACUCCAGACAGCAGCAGGGUCAUUGCGAGGAUGCCAUCCCUGCCACCGCCACAGCGACAGAUGGCGGGACUCCAAACUCGCCACAGCCCGGCACGCCAGUAACGGCUCGUGGCGCCGGCACCGGCACCGGCACCAGCACCGGCGCUGGCACGGGCCCCAGUGCUGCCCCAAGCACCAAGCCCUCACCCAGCACCCCGGCAAAGCGCAAGGCAAAGACACAGACGCAGUCGCAGACGCAGACGCUGGCAGCCAGCCCCCCCGAUCCCACCAACACGCUGGUGACCGCUUCAACCGCCGCCGGCACCGUUACUGCCGACGCCGCUGCCGACGCCAAAGCCAAUAAGCGCAGCAGCGCAGGCGAUCCCGCUGCUGAUUGCGGCGCCCCCAACACCGCGCCCAACAGCCCGAGCCACGCAACCCAACAGCAGCAGCAGCAGCAGUCACGGCAGCAGCAGCCGCGGCGGCGGGGGCAGCUGCCGCCGGGGCCGCCCGCCCCCCGGCUGCGGGGUCUGGCGCUGGUGGACGCACACCUGCUGCUGCGGCGGCAGCUCACCCUGGUGGCGGUGGUGGCGCUGUUCAUCCUGUACCCCUCAUGGGCGCAGGCCGCCGUGUCCAUCUUCGCCUGCUAUACCAUUGACGACGGCGGCGGCGAGUACGGUGGCCAGCAGGCGGCCACGUGGCGAUACGGCUACUGGCUUAGGAACAUAAAUCAGGAGUGCUACGCAGGCCGGCAUGCGGAGCUGUUCCUGCCCAUCGGCAUUGUGGCGCUGGUGGUGCUGUGUGCGGGGCCGCCGCUGCUGAGUGCGGCGCUGGUGGCGGGGCACCGACACGUGUUGGACGCAGACUGGGUGCUGCAGGCGUACGGCUUCAUGUUUCGGCGCUAUCGCACCAAGUACUACUUCUGGGAGAGCGUGGUCCAAGCCCAGACGCUGAGCCUGGUGCUGGUGCAGGUGUUCGGGCGCACCCUGCCCGUGUUCAUGCAGGCACUGCUGCUCAUGGUGGCCCUUUGGAUUCUGGCGUCUGUCAAUGUGGUGGUGGCGCCGGUUCGCUUCCGGCUGCUGGUGGUGCUGGAGUUCCUGAGCCUGGUGGUGCUGGGCCUCACGCUCAGUCUGGGGCUGUUCUUUGUGGACAGCAGCGGAGACGCGUUCACGGUCAAGAGGGGCGGUCAGGAGGCUGCUGGUGCCAUCAUCCUGGUCAUCAACGCCGCCUUCCUGGUCGCGUGCGCCGGCGCCGUGCUGAGGUUCAGCUGGCCCAUGCUGCAGGACCGCAUGGGCAAAGUCAAGUCGCGACUGUCCCGCAUGACCAGCUCCUUCGACCGCGGCGGCAGCAGCUCUCUCAGGUUUCUUUUCGCGCUAGGAAGCGGCCGCAACGGCCGCCGCGGCGGCGGCGCAGACAGCGGCGCUGACGGCGGCGGUGGUGGGCUAGGUCGCAUGGUCACAGGCCGGCGCGACGCGCACCUCGGUCGCUCCGCUGCCCAUUCAGGCCACUCGGACCUACACCCGCAACAAAACCACCUGCCAAGCUCGCCUGCCGGCGGCGACGGCGGCGGCAACGGCGGUUGCGACGGUUAUGGCUCCGCCGCCGCCACUCCCUCCGGUGCAGGUGGCGGCGGCGGUUGGGGCGACGGCAUGGCGGCUGACUCAGUGUCGGCACUGCCGUCGCCGUACGGCGGUUGGGGUACGACCAUGGCGAUAACGAGUACGACACCGGGGGCGGCGGAUCUGGAUCCAGUUGGCGGCGGCCGAUCUGCGGCGCCCGCCGCUGCCGCACACAACGUACAGCUGCUGUCGGAGUAUGCGGCAUCGGGUUACGGAUCCGACGUGCCGAGUUACGGAUCCGGCGUGCCGGGUUACGCCGCUGGCGUGCCGGCUUACGGAGACGGCAGUAACGGUGCAUACGGCGGCGGGGCCGAGCGGCCGGCUUACCCGGCCGCGCCCGCAGCCGCCGCGCUUGGUGGCGUAGGUGGCGGCGGCGGCCUGUGGUCGCCGCAUCCCCACCACCACCUCCACCCACAGCACCAACAGCACCACCAACAGCAGCACCAUCACCACCAACAACAGCAGCGGCACAUGCCGCCGCCGCCGCAGCCGCAAUGGCAGCAGGCCGCCACCGCGGACGGCUAUCCCGGGGCGGGCGGCAGUGCUUCGCCGCUGGCACCCGCGCCGCGCUGGCACUCGUUUGGGGUGCCUGCUACAGCCGGCGGCGCCGGCAGCCCUGUGGCAGCGUCACCAGCAGUAGCAGCACAGCAGCGGCUGCAGCAGCAGUACCCGAGGUCACGGCUCGGGAGUGAGCUACUGCCAGCCGCUGCCGUUUCGGACUCAGCUGCGUCGGCUGUUGCUACUGCCACCGCUGCUGGCGCUUCGGACCCUGUGUCCGCGCUUCAGUGAAGGUCCUGUCUACAGAGGCACGCGGCCAUGAGAGUGCGGUUACCGAAAGCGCACUGGCGUCAUUGUGUGUGUGGUGUGUGUGUGUGUAUGUGUGUGUGUGUAUGUGUGUGUGUGUGUGUGUGUGUGUGUGUGUGUGUGUGUGUGUGUGUGUGUGUGUGUGUGUGUGCGGGAUGUGUUUGGCUUACUUGUGUGACUGCUAAAGCUGGCUUUAAUUUGAUGCGUGCACACUGCCGUGCCAGUUGAGGUCCCUCGGAUGAACGCUGGGCUGCUCUCACCGCGCGUUGCGCAAAAUGCAAAAUGCUUCAUGUUUGCAGCGGCGUACUGGAGAUGUAUGUAUGCAUCUUAGAGAGUCAUGGAGACACAAAUAAUAACUCUUUCAUCAAACCUCUCACGAUGAAAUCUUCUUCGCUUGGGUGGGCUCCCUAUGCCUCACAUUAUCACGGCGGUCCAAACUGUACAUGUGAACUACGAUGCUUGCUUGGGUGCACGAGCAAUGGGGGCGGCCGUCCAGGCCGGUCUUCGUACAUAAGGAAAGGAACAAGGAAUAAAGAUGAACAAGGAAUGAGUGUCAGCCGUGCGUGUGCGUUCUUAUGUGUGUACGGUAGUGGUAAGCAUUAGGGCUUGCGCACGGGGGCUGGCAAGGUUGCGGGAGCACGGCAGCAGCUGCCGGUUGGGAUGUGGCCAUCGAGGACUGCUGCUCAGCUGCUGGAGGACUGAAGACGUCGUCACAAACACACGAGGCCCAUUGGAUGAGUAGGAACAGCAGCAGCUAUGGCUGGGCCUGGCGGGGCGGCCCUCACGGACUGGUGGGCUCAGGAGAAGGUGAAGAGUCACGGGGGCCCAUCAGGUCGUUCAUGACAGAGGGGUCCUGGCAUAUCCGUACGUGCGAUGCAUGCGAUGCAUCCAGGCAUUGCCGCGCGUGCGGCUGUUGAUGAGCUGCAAUGAGCGCCCUGCGCUGAUAGGGAGGUGUGGUCGCAUACUGUGCCGAGAAACUCACUCGAAGAACCUUUGUGAUGACUGAGAGCCACUGGUGCGAAUUCGGUACUGUAUCUUGGUGACUGGGGGUGGGGGCAACACCGAUGCGGUGGCUGUGGCAGGCACACGUGGAUCGGUGUGUGUGUGUGUGUGUGUGUGUGUGUGUGUGUGUGUGUGUGUGUGUGUGUGUGUGUGUGUGUGUGUGUGUGUGUGUGUGUGUGUGUGUGUGUGUGUGUGUGUGCAUGUGCAUUUCGGCAUAUGUGCGGGUGCAUGCAUGGCAGACCCGGCCCAGACCCAUCCUGCAUGCUGCAUGCGGAUUCGCCAGGAGCUUGCGUUGCAGCUGUGUGCCUAGUACUCGAAAUGCAGAAGGUUAAGCAUUGGAGGAUUGAUGCUUGCUGCGUGUGUGUUUCAGAUGCGUAUGCGUGCGUGGUUUUUGCACACGUUCAGGGCCGGCUGCACAAGGAGUUGGCCGACAUGCCUGCCUGCUGGCGUGGUGGGAGAAGCUCGAAGCUUGUCGUCCACCGAUGGACCCUUCACGGGCUGCUUUGAUCCCUAGAACUGUGUGCUGCGGGGUCACGUUACGGAGCCCGUCAGAAGCUUUCGUCAACAAGUCCAGAUUGCUGUCUGGGCGGGCAGAUGGCUUUGGGCUUAGGGCAGGCAGGGGCAACCCCGGGUAAGACC